AUGGUGAUGGAUGUUGAUGAUGAAAAUACAGAAAAUCAACGGCAACUGCAUUCAACAACGAACGAUUUAUCUAUGGCUGAUUAUCAAAUGAAUGAAAAAUUGGAAUCAUCGACACCUGAAUCUUUCACAGGAAGUGAGGAUAGUGAUGAUAGUGAACAUGGAUACCGACAACAACAAGCAAAGCAUAUCUUAAACAAAGUUUUUCAAGCAUUAAGCAUUACACCAAUUCUUGAUACACGGAAUACCGGUGCAUUAAAGCGGGAUGUUACAAGAGCGAUUCAAGGCAUUAGAAAAUUAGCCGAUGAACUAUGUCAUGUACCUAGUACCAAGACAUUAAAGUCCAACGUGACAUUACUCACAACAGAUGAAAAUGUAUCAUUAAUCGAUGGUCUGAAGCGUCUGUUUGAUUCCAGUGAUUAUGAUGAUCAAGUGCGCCUUCUCACAUUAUCUCCGCCUACCUGGGGGCGGGUACAAAGCGACGACUUCUUUUUUUGCAGUGAAUGGCAGGCGCGUCGAGCAUUAGAAAGACGCGGUUCAUUCGGGAUGCCAGCACCACCAACGA